ACAAGGUUAGCUGACUGCUUAAUCACUCAGCCAUAAAUCCACCCGUAUCCGACACCGCCAUUGUUUCUUGACCCCAAGAGUCAUUCUCGUUGUAUCUCUUCUCCUUACAUACUAUCUCCGUUUGGCACUCUCCUUUCUGUGUAAUUAGCCCCAAACUUACGAUACUCCCGCCAUGGCGCCUCUCAAGCCGUACUGGAAACAGCCCUCCCACCCCGACGUCCAAGAUGUCGUCGUCAGCGGAGCCGACUUCAUGACCAAGAGCCUUUCAAAAGUGACUGUGCCGCCAUUUGGCCUGUUCGCCAAAUUUGAGUUUCCUCCUUGCGAUGUGGCCGACAAGGCGACCUACGCUACGGUGCAGAUGGGGAAGGAUGAGCACCUGAAUCUCAACAGCGACUUGCUCUACAUUAACCACUCUUGCGAGCCAUCUCUUCACUUUGAUAUGGGGAGCAUGAGGAUUGUGGCUGGCCCCAAGGGCCUCCGUCCUGGAGAUGAACUUACAUUUUUUUACCCCUCAACUGAAUGGGACAUGGCUCAGCCAUUCGACUGCUUCUGUGGCAAGCCCACUUGCAAAAGGGUCAUCUCCGGCGCCAAGGAUAUGCCCUUUGAGCUGCUCAAAGGCCUCUGGCUCAACGACCACAUCCACGACCUUCUUGAAGAGCAAGCUUCUUCUCAGCAAUACCAGCUUGGCUCAGUGCCUGGGAAUGAUGGUGGCGUGCGUUCCGCCCAGCUGCCAGAAGCUGUCUUGAAUGGUCGGGCAGAGAAGCUCAACGGUACGGAUGCCAAUGUCGAUACUCAGGGCCUUGGAUUAUUGCGACGCGGAGUAACUUCACGGGAGAUGAGCGGCGAGAUGGGCGGCGAUACUACCGUCAGGGUUUAAUGGUAGUGGCCUCUACGUUCAAGACUGGUUGCGUCAUUGAAAUGGAGGUCUGGUAGCUCAUAAGGAUUCAACAUCCAAAAGGCUACCAACUGAUUUUAUUUUCAUCAUUCAUAUUAUUUGCCAGGACAUUUUCAGAAAAUUGGAGGAGAAAAAAAUUUACUUGGAUUGCUCACUGAAGGAGGAAAUGUUAUCUAAAAUCUAUCUAUGGAAGGGCAGAGGAAAAAAAAAAGAGAGAGAGAGAGAGAAAGGCAAAAAACUAUAUAAUACAAAUUUUUCAAC